AUGGUCUCCGGUGCAUCCCUUGUCCAGGCGAUUCUGUCCUUUUCGGUAGCCAAGCCAGCAAACCUCUCAGAAUUAUUCGGACCAAGUCUGUCGCCUGAAGCCCAAAUUAUCCUCCCUACAGACACCGACUGGAGCACGCAGGUACAAUUGCGAUGGACCAAUUACCGAGCGCCCAAGUAUCUGGGCGCCAUUAAGCCCGCAACCGAGACCGACGUUCAACGUAUUGUGAAAAUCGCAGAUGCCAACAAAAUCCCUUUCCUCACCACCGGUGGUGGUCAUGGGAUUUCAGACUAUAGCCCUUUCAAGGGCAUCGCAAUCGACCUGGGCAAUUUCAAAUCAGUGGAGCUGGACGUAUCUACGAACCACCUCACAAUCGGUGGAGCGACUGAGUAUUCACAACUACACGACCUGUUGUACGAUGCAGGAAAGGAAUUAACACUGGCAUCUUGCCCAUGCGUCGGUGUCCUUGGGGCAACGAUGGGCGCGGGUUUCGGACCUCUCAAGGGUCAUCGCGGGCUGUUGUUGGAUGCUCUCGAGUCGGUGCGGAUGGUGACGGCAGAUGGAAGGCUAGUCACAGCAUCAGCGAGACAAAAUCCUGGCCUUUUUUGGGCCGUUCGCGGAGCAGGCGCCAACUUUGGUGUCGUCACCUCCGCGACUUUCAAGGUUUACGAUAUCACCAACAAGGGGCAAGUCAUGGUCGCCGACCUGGUUUAUCCGGCCACCGCCAAUCAUACCUUUUGGAGGACCUUGCAGUCCUUCGAGCACGCAAUGCCGUCUCGAUUGGCCCUGACUGCAGUAGCGGUCUACAACCGGACCAUCGAUCUGCCGCUGAUCGUGCUCCAUGCGGUCUAUUUUGGUCCGCAGGAAGAUGGCGAAGCUUAUUUGGAGCCUUUCAAGGACCUUGGGCCCCUUGUGAGCAACAUCGCCAUGAUUCCCCAGAAUACCAUGUUUCCUUCUGACCAUGGAACCUGCGUGCCUAAUCAACGUAUAAACCUCUACACCCUCGCCCUCAAACAGUUCGAUCCGCCUACCUUCGACUCAUUCUAUGCCCGUCUUACGGACUUUUGGCGUGAGUAUCCUGACUACCAAGGCCGCCUUCUAAUACAGCGCUUCUCCAACGAUGCCGUGGCAGCGGUACCGGAUGCUGAGACAGCGUACCCAUGGCGUGAUGCGAUUGCACACAUGAACAUCGAAAGUUUCUAUACCGACCCCGGCAACGAUGACGCUAUAGAUGACUUUGUCACAUCGGCCCGUGCCCGGUUUGCAGAGACGAGCGGUUUCGACACCCUUGCCACCUAUGUAAACUUUGCGCACGGAGACGAGGGUCCCACGGCAUGGUAUUCCGCACGCAAGCUGCAGAAGCUGUCGGCCUUGAAGAGACAGUGGGAUCCGAAGGGGCUUUUCAGUUGGCACAAUCCGGUGCCAAUGAGGUGGGACCUAGAUAUCAGUGAGAAGGAACACCUAGGGAACCAGAAACUACCGGGAUGA